CGGGAGCGCAGGUGGGGCGCCGCCGGCCGCGCCGUCCCAGCCCCGCGCCCACAUGCUGCGCUCCCUGGCCCGCGCCCCGCGCCUAGCGCGCCCCCGGGGGCCCCUGCCCGCCCGCCGCUGCGCCUCGGCUGCCGCGGCCCGGGACCCCGAGAUCCAAGUGCGCGCCCUGGAGGGUCCCGACACCGGAAUCACCGAGAUCCUGAUGAACAGACCGCAGGCCCGAAAUGCCCUGGGAUACGUCUUUGUUAGCGAGCUGCUGGAAGCCCUGGCUCGGCUGCGGGAGGACCGGCAAGUGCGCGUCCUGCUCUUCCGGAGUGCAGUGAAGGGUGUGUUCUGCGCAGGUGCAGACCUGAAGGAGCGGGAGCAGAUGAGUGAGGCAGAGGUGGGGGUCUUUGUCCAGCGGCUCCGAGGCCUGAUGAAUGAGAUUGCGGCCUUCCCCGCACCCACCAUUGCAGCCAUGGAUGGGUACGCCUUGGGUGGAGGCCUGGAGCUUGCCCUGGCCUGUGACCUUCGAGUGGCAGCUUCCUCAGCUGUCAUGGGGCUGAUCGAGACCACCCGAGGGCUCCUCCCAGGAGCAGGAGGGACCCAGAGGCUGCCCCGGUGCCUGGGGGUGGCCCUGGCGAAGGAGCUCAUCUUCACAGGCCGACGGCUGAGUGGGACCCAGGCCCAGGCCCUGGGGCUGGUGAAUCACGCCGUGGCCCAGAAUGAGGAGGGCAGUGCUGCCUACCUCCGGGCGCGGGAACUGGCCCAGGAGAUCCUGCCCCAGGCGCCCAUUGCUGUGCGGCUGGGCAAAGUGGCCAUUGACCGCGGAAUGGAGGUGGACAUCGCAUCGGGGAUGGCCAUUGAAGGGAUGUGCUAUGCCCAGAACAUCCCCACCCGGGACCGGCGAGAGGGCAUGGCCGCCUUCAGGGAGAAACGACCCCCUCGAUUUGUGGGCGAGUAACUCCCAUUCAGCUCAAGCCCGGGAGGCACGCCUGACAGGGCAGGAUCCAGAAGGGACAUGGGCAGCAUUGACUGCCCUCAUUUCUCAUCUCCGGGCUUCAGUUUUCUCACACGGACAAUAAUGCACCUAAAAUGACUCAUGUGGUGCCUGGUACGAAGGUGCUGACCUGGCCACCUACUGGUACCAUCCUUCUUCCCUCCCUGUGUAUAUCACCACCGGGGCCCGUUAGCUUUGGAGAAUGCCUCUUUCCCUACUGGAAUGAUAAACGAAGGAUUAAAACAGAUCCCCUCUGCCUUCGUAAUUGUUGGCUCUCAGGCCUGACGUCUGCCUCUCAGGGAGCAGGUGUACUCACCUGAGAUGGCAAGAAGCAGUAAGACCCCCAGUUGCUGACCGAACAAUAGAAAUCAGAAGGAAACCCAGGUAGAGGAGUAGGUGCCAGGGUCAGACCGCAGACUCCAGCUCUCCACGUUAGUGACUCACUGUGUGCCUUAGCUUCCUCAUCUGCCACAGGGAGUUGUUGUGAGGACUUAAAUAAAAUGCCUCGUGUUCAAUAAA